CCCCUACUGCUGAGACCGCUGCAGCAGCCUCGGUGCAGGCUCGUCAGGGUAGGGGACGUCGGGCUGGGGGGGGGGGGGGGGGGGUUGGCGGCAGGAGGGGUGGUAGGGGUGGCGGAGGUGGCGGAGGUUGUGGCAGUGGUGGAGGGGACGGUGGUGCAGAUGAAGGGACCGGGGCUGAUGCUCUGGUGCCAGCAGCAGCAGCAGCAGCAGCAGCCCCAUCAAUAGCAGCAGUCGCAGGAGCAGCAGCAG